UUAAACCCUAACUAAACCUCUCCUCAUAACAUGGUUUGUUUAAAAACCAAAAAAACAAGAAAACCCUCGCUAAUCAGUCGACGCCGUAAGUGUAGGACAAAAUCCAUAAGUGAGUUCAUCAAAUAUAUUUGGGACAAAUUCGCAUCGAAUUAGAUGAGGUACGUGAAGCCGCUGAACUUGUUCCAGGAUCUGCUCAAGGCCAAUACUCUGGAACGCGGGCGGUUGCUGGGUUUGGACGUCGGUGACAAGUACGUCGGCGUAGCCGUUUCGGAUCUUCAUAACAAGAUUGCGUCGCCCUUGAGUGUUCUGUUGAGGAAGAAAUCAAAUAUUGGUUUGAUGGCCGCCGAUUUUCAGAGUUUGAUUUCUGAGCUUUCUCUGGUGGGCUUCAUUGUUGGAUACCCGUUCGACAGACAAAAAGGGACUCCUGAUGCUGUCCAAGUGAAGCUUUUCAUUGACGACCUCUCUAAGACAAGAAAACUGGAAGGCUUAAAGUAUACAUAUUGGGACGAGGGAUUUACAUCAAAGAAUGUGGAACUACUGUUGAAGCCUUUGAAUCUGCCUCCAGUUCAGUCCAAGACAAUUAUGGACAAGUUUGCUGCUGUUGGUAUACUCCAGGGAUACUUGGAUUAUGUGAACAGAGAGCUGAAGUCUGACGUCACUCAGUAAGGUGUCUCUGAAUGGAUAUAGCUGUUUCUUACUUGCUGAUGACAGAGUGAUUACGUUACGACUGCACUCAAGAUAUACUCUGCGGAUCACCUAUCAUACAAGAAUUAAAUUGGUAAGGUUCUAAGAUCGUUGACCUGACUGGUAAGCAAACUUGGUACUUUCCUGAGCUAUUGGAGCUGUGAUCAAAAGUAUCACAAAUGAAAUUUUUGGUGAAGAUAUAUACACUCUUGAGUCUCAACGAUGACGAUGACUCCAAUUUUGUCCUUCUGGACUUUGUAUUGUAAUGCUCAAAACUAAGAUUAUAGUUAGUACUGACAUAACAUAGUUAAGUUCUCAAGCUUUCCGUUUAAGUCGUUUUGGGGA